UUCAACGAAUCAACCACUCCAUUUUGACAUUACCGUUUUCUAACCAUAAUUAAUGUUUGUUUUUCCCAAGUAUUCCUAUAUUUCUUCACAUUUCCCUCCGAUUCCCCGUUCCUCACCCAGCUCUCUCCCUCUACAUUUCCAACUACCUCCGCUCUCUCUCUUCUCUCCAAGUCCCUUCAAUGUCAGAUCACAACCCCAAAGAACCCAACAUCAACACCCUUAGCGUCGACCUAACCGAACUCAUCCUCUCUUCCCUUCCUAUCCCUUCCCUCCUCCGUGCUUCCUCUGUUUGCAGACUUUGGCAUUCUCUCAUUUCCUCCCCUACUUUUACCCCCCCUUCUCUUUCCUACCCUUGGUUCUUUCUCUUCGGUCUCCACAACACUUCUUGUAGAAACAACCAAUCUUUUGCGUUUGAUCCUUUAUCCAACACCUGGAUUCGUCUCCCGCAACUUGAUGACUCCUCUUCCUCAUCUUUUCUCGGCUCCAAUGGCUUCUUUUUCACCACCACUCCCAAAUUCAGCUACACCCCAGCUCUCAAAUACACCUGGCGUUUAACCUCUCCCUUGAUGUACUCCAGGAUCAACCCUCUUUUAGGUGUCUUCCAUGAUGGUUCCUCUGAUGGGUACGGCUUCAAAUUCAUCGUUGUUGGUGGGGUCAGGUUCAUUGGUGGCUUGGUCGAUAUCGAAGACAGCUUGGCUGUUGAAAUAUACGACCCAAAUCACGAUUCUUGGGAGCUUUGCCCUGCUUUGCCGGCUGAUUUCAGGUCUGGAAACUCCAGCCAAUCUCUUUCAUCAGCUUUAUUCAAAGGCAAAUUCUAUGUCUUUGGAAUCUACUCCUGCUUCAUCUCUUGGUUUGAUUUAGAAAACCGCGUGUGGGGCGAGGUCCAAACUCUCAGGCCACCUGGGGUAAUGUUUUCUUUCUUGAUUUCAUGCAAUGACAUGCUUGUUUUGGCUGGAAUGUGCAAUGCGCCGUGUGGACCGUCGUUUAACCUCUGGAAAAUUGAUGAUAGGACAAUGGAAUUCAGUGAGAUUGCGAUUAUGCCUCACAGCUUGUUAUAUGGUUUAGUGGAUAACGAGGAAGAUGACAAGUUUGCAAGCUUGAAAUGCGUAGGAAUGGGUAAUCUUAUUUAUGUUUUCAACGAGGAGUCCCACCAAAAGUACCCGGCUUGUCUUUGUGAAAUCACUGCAGAAAAUGGAAAGAGCAGUUGGAGGAGAGUGCCUCAGUUACCUUCACCUGUUAACAAAUUCCAUAAAGUCAUUAGCUUUUGUUCUACCGUUUCUCUAACUCAUAUUUUUCACCGACAAGAAGAUGUUGGGACGGCACAAGCUAUGUAUGACUGACUGAUUUGCUGAAUUACUUGGACUUUGCUAGAUUGAUAGCAGUACUACAACAGAUUUCCUAGAAUCCAAUAAAUGGUGGCUCAUGCUUUAACCGAGAGACGAGCUUGCUGGUGCUGCUACUAUACAAUUCCUCAUCUGCCAGCCCUUGCAUAUCGGUAUUUAGAAAACGUUGUGAGCUUUAUUUUCAGAGUCUCACAAGUUUUUCCAGCAGCUUAUUUUCUUCUCAUGAUCGAUCAUCCCUUGAGAUUGGUCGUCUUAUCUGUUACAAGUAAUUCAGAAAACGUGUGGAAUAUGAAGCUUUUAAAGAUAUGGAGUGAGGACUGAUUCAAACUCUGAUUUAGACUUCUAAAUUUCCUCCCUGCAUUAUCUGCAUAUACAGGGAUUCUGUUUGUUAAAGCCAUGUUUGGUUAUUGGUAAAGAAUUAUACCCUGCAUAUAGUUGGAAAGCAUAUUUAGUUUGCUGUUGUGCUGCUGCUGCAUCGAUUGGUCAGAGAAUGAGACCUGGGUUUUGCUUUAUGAACUUUUUUCUCUAUUUGACACCAACAAAGGGGAAAGGUUUGCCGUUAUUUGCUUGGAUGGUUUUUUUCAGUUGUCUUCAGGUA